AUGAGCUCGUCUGUGACGGAGAAAGAAUCUGUGCUGCCUGAAACCUCGGCAGGUGCGCCUGCCACGGCAUCGGAGCCUAUUUCGGACGUGAAGUCCGGUAAGGCUCGCGCUGAAGAUGACGAUGAUGACGAGGAGGAGGAGUACAAUGAGGAAGAGGAUGAAGACUUUAAUCGAUGUGGCUUGUUGGAAAUGACGUUGCGCGGCUUUUAG